AUGGCAGGUAACACUCUAUCAGAUCAGUCUCGGUCUGAGAAGCAGGGCGGCUCCAUCGCCCCCUCUUCGGACCCGGACCCUGAAUCCAUCUCCGGAACCCAGCACGGAGACGAAGAAUCAUCCCCUGCAGAACCAGAACAUGAAGUCUAUCCCGAGGGCGGUACCCAGGCAUGGCUUGCCGUUGCGGGCUCCUUCCUCGUUUACUUCGCAUCUUUCGGUGUCGUGAACAGCUUCGGCUUCUUCCAGACCUUUUAUCAACAAGAGUACCUGAAGAAUUACUCGCCCACCGCCAUUUCCUUCAUCGGAACCCUGCAGAUCACCCUGAUGUAUCUGUCGGGUGCUGUUGCCGGAGCACUGUUUGAUCUCUACGGUCCCAAAUGGCUCUACCUGUUCGCUGCCAUUGGUGGUGCCGGCUCCAUGCUUGCGACAUCCUUCACGCAGCCGAAUGCAAUCUGGCAGCAAUUUCUGGCCCAAUCUCUUCUCUUCGGCCUCACAGUCGCCUAUGGAGUGCAACCCGCUCUCACGGUUGCAGGGCAGUAUUUCCACCGCAAGCGUGCUCUGGCCAUGGGAAUCGUCGCCUCCGGUAGCAGUUUCGGAGGAGUCUGCCUGCCAAUCAUGUUCUCCAAACUGAUUCCUACCAUUGGUUUCCCCCGUCUCCUCGUCCAAACGGCCCAAGAGGAAGAUGAGAUCUUUUAG